UGACGCCCCGUCCGUCUUCGGACACGGAAGUGGAGGCCUGUGGGGAAGCGAGAACCGGAGUGGGGCUCGCUCGGGGGCCAUGGCGCCGACUGGCCUGAAGGCGGUGGUGGGCGAGAAAAUCCUGAAUGAUGUCCUCCGUAGCAUGAAGAAAGAUGGCGAAUGGAAGGUACUCAUCAUGGAUCAUCCCAGCACACGCAUUGUCUCAUCCUGUUUUAAGAUGUCAGACCUUCUGGCUGAAGGAAUCACAAUUAUCGAAGAUAUUAACAAACGCCGAGAGCCCCUCCCCAGCUUGGAAGCCAUCUAUUUGCUCAGCCCCAUUGAGCCGUCAGUGCGCGCUCUGAUAAACGACUUCAAAGGAACACCUACCUUCUCAUACAAGGCUGCUCAUGUCUUCUUCACUGACACCUGUCCAGAGAACCUUUUUAAUGAACUGGGCAAGUCUCGAAUCAUCAAAGCCAUCAAAACUCUUAAGGAAAUCAAUGUUGCUUUCCUUCCCUAUGAAUCACAGGUGUACUCACUGGACAGUCCCCAGAGUUUUCACCAUCUCUUUAGCCCGUACUGCAGAGAAGAUAAGAACAAUGAAUUGGAGAGGAUGGCAGAACAAAUCGCCACAUUAUGUGACACUUUGAAGGAGUACCCGUCAAUUCGCUACAGAAAUGGCUCUGAAGAUAGCUGUUUGUUGGCUCAUGCAGUGUUGGCCAAGCUGAAUGCCUUUAAAGCAGACAACCCCACCAUGGGAGAGGGUCCUGACAAAUCUCGCUCCCAACUCCUGAUUGUGGAUCGGAGCUUUGAUGUAGUGUCUCCUCUUCUGCAUGAGCUCACCUUCCAGGCCAUGGCCUAUGACCUACUUAACAUUGAGCAGGACACUUACAGAUAUGAAUCUACGGGUAUCAGCGAUUCACGGGAAAAAGUGGUACUUCUGGAUGAGGAUGAUGACCUAUGGAUGCAGCUACGCCACAUGCACAUUGCUGAUGUCUCCAAGAAAGUGACUGAGCUCCUACGCACCUUUUGUGAGAGCAAGAGACUCACCACAGACAAGGCUAAUAUCAAGGAUUUAUCACAGAUCCUGAAGAAGAUGCCCCAAUAUCAGAAAGAGCUUAACAAGUAUUCCACACAUCUGCACCUGGCAGAGGACUGUAUGAAUAGCUUCAAGGGCACCGUGGAAAGGCUCUGCAGUGUGGAGCAGGACCUUGCCACAGGAACAGAUGUGAAUGGAGAAAAGGUCAAAAAUCCUAUGAAGAAUAUUGUGCCAAUUGUCCUGGAUCCCAGUGUGUCAGCAUUUGACAAAAUUCGCAUUAUUCUGCUCUGUGUCUUUCUCCAGAAUGGCAUCAAUGAAGAGAACCUUUUGAAGCUCAUCCAGCAUGCCAACAUACAGCAGGAGAGAGAUGUCCUCUACAAUAUGCACUGCUUGGGUGCCCCCAUCAUGCCAGAGGACAGUGGACAAAUGAAACCUGUGAGGAAAGUGAGGUUGGAAUCUACCUACCAGCUCUCUCGAUGGACCCCCAUUCUUAAGGAUGUCAUGGAGGAUGCCAUUGAAGACAAGCUGGACAAGAAGUUGUGGCCUUACGUAUCUUGCCCUACCCCAGGCCCCUGCUCUCAAGCUGCUGUGAGUGCUCGCUUUGGUCACUGGCAUAAGACCAAGACAGCAACCGAGUACCGGACAGGACCCCGUCUCAUUCUCUAUGUGGUAGGGGGAGUUACCAUGUCAGAGAUGCGUUGUGCCUAUGAAGUCACAGAGGCCACUGAUGGCAAGUGGGAGGUGUUGAUUGGCUCCUCCCACAUCUUGACACCCAAGCAGUUCCUAGAAGAUGUGCGUAACCUGACUGAACAGACUCCACUGAAGUCCUAAAAGGAUCUCUGGCUCCCAAGAGACUUGCUGACAGCCGCUCUGUGUAUUUAUCUGCUGGGAUAAAGAUGUUCUCAACCAGAUUCCCACUCCAAUGCAUCUAUCUCUGCUUUGGUCCUUUUAAGACUGGCCCUCCACCUUGUGUUUCCUUAAAGAAUGAAUCUGACAUGGAAGAAGCUCAACUAAGAUUCGGUCUCAAGAUGGGUCCAGCUACCUGUUAUUAGUUCCUGUACUCUUACUGUGAUGAGGUUUCUGGUUGCACUUUAUCUCCUCUUGCCUUCUUUCCCUUUGCCCCCUCAAAACAGGGGAGAAGAGCAGAAGCUGCAUCCUUAGUGAUGCUUUUGUUUCUCAGCUGAGGAAAAUAUCAGCUGCCUUCCGGGAAAAGAACUGCUUUGACCCCUCUCCUCGCUGUUUGUGAUUGACAGGCUCCUCCAAAAUUCUGAUUUUUUUUCUGUGAAGAAAAAUGCCCUCUGUAAAAGAACAAAUUGCCGGAGGGAUGUUGAGGAAAACUGUAUGAAUGAAUUCAGGAACAUUCCACUGACAAAAUCCUCAAAGGAAAAAAAGAACAGCAGAGGUCGUAAUCAUCCCUGGAUGCUCAACACGGCAAACCUAGCAGCGUUGUUAACAGCCUGUAAAAAGUAAAGGUCGCACCUCCUACUUCAUAAUGACUUAGCUGACGUAUCUGCAGAGAGCCAUGUAUAUUUCUUGUGUCACAAGAAUUGUAUAGCUCUAAUUAAGAGGUACAGAGUCUGUAAAAUAAAUGUGAAAAGUAAGCAUCUUUGUAUAAUCUGUUUUGCAAUUUGAAGUCAAAUGGUAAUAAUUCUGGCUGGACAGUAACAAAACCAUGUCUGCAGCCAAGAUGAAUGUCCCAACACAAUAUUUGGUGGUUUUACUCUUUUCCACUCCUUUGUUAUUUUAUGCAUACUUCUCUUGCCUGUGUCACUUCCUAUUAGAAGCCUGUAGGUCAAAACUUCCCCCUCUGCCUAUGGAAAGCUGACAUGUCAGGAAAAAGGGUUCUAGCCUAGUUUUCUCCUGAUUUGUUGGCUCUCUGUAGGAUGUCCUGCUAUAGAAUAGAAGGGCAGUCAAACAUGCAGUCUCCCAUCUGCGUUGUGUAGUAGUGAAGGAGGACUGCGCUAGAUAAGUUUUCCAAAAUGUUUAAUUUGGCUUCUAGUUUUUUAUAUGAUGUGUUUAGUGUGGACAAAUUCAACACUUUUCAUUAUAAUGCUGCCAACGGGCUCUUCGCAAAGAUGCCUGAAGCAUUCCCUUUGGCUGUCUUGUGAGAGGAUGUAAUUUUGUUUCCAGAUGUGAUGACCCAGAUGGUCUCUUGUAUAGAUGGCUUUUAAAUCUGUUCAGUUUAAAAGUCUCACGUUGGCUGUCUGCAAGAUGUUGCGUUAGGACAGUAAUCACUGCACAUAUCCCACAGUUGGUGCACCUCAAAACAGGUGCUAUAAUUUCUAAAAAUCUAGAAUUAGAAUACCUGUUUCCACAGCACACAGCAAAAAUUAAAUUUGCACUACAAUGAAACGUUUAACUUCAACACUAUCCUUGAAGAAAAUGAAAUGCAGUGUGCAUGAAUAUCUAUGUGUAAUUACUGUAAUUUUUCAAAACUUUUACCAAAACUUUCCCUUUGCAGAGAUGGCUAUGAGUUUAUAAAUAGUAAGACUGGUGCAAACGGAAGAAAUAAUUAAAUUUGGAAGUACUUGUA